AUGAUACCCGUAUUCAUCGGCUGUGAUAUAGUCCGCGAAGAGACGAGUCGUGACGGUGCCGUACACGUCAUCGAGCGGAAAUGCAAGAUUAGUGUCGAAGUGCCAUAUUUGUUGAAAAAGAUGAUAGGCGCCGAUUUCGUAUAUUUCAUGCAAAAGAACACGUUGGAUCGCCUAAAUCGGACGCUGUCAAUCGAAGCCUACAACCUUACAUUCGCCAACCGCAUCUCGAUCAAGGAAAAUUGCCUUUACUAUGUACGUGACUCUUUAAGUCAUGACACACGUUUUCAGGUAAACGAAAAAAUGCCUAACUUCACGUGUUUCGAGCAGAGCGCUAGCUUGGAUGCAAAGGCAUUGUUCGGCUUUGAGUCGCUGGUCGAAAGGAUCGCCGUCAAACACUAUGCUGCGAACAUUCAGAAGGCAGGAAAAGAAAUAAUCGAAUACUUCAUUCAGCAGUUAGCUGAAGAAGGAACGACUUAUCUGCCUCCGUUUAAGGCGCCUGCUUUGUCAGAGGUGUCUGCAGAAUCGUAA